UUCGCAUCCCAUUAUUGUUUAGUCCCGACUUGGGUGCACCUGGAAGCUCUUGAGCCUAGGAAUGGAUCAGAUGUGUACUAUUGAGACAAUACCCAUGAGUGAUUACGCGGGGUAAAGCCCAAGGGUGGCCUGCGUUGGAGUAUGGUGACUUAGUGAGAUGAGGCAAGGCGCACGAGGCACCACACUCCACACAGGCAAUUAUGGUGAUGUCAUCCUGUUGCAAACCUUAUAUGGCUUAACUUACCUUUGAAUGCUGAACAAUAGAACCCUUGUAGCAAAGAAAAGGGCACCAAUGUUUGAUUCUGUUUUAGCAACAAAGGAACGGCAUAUAUGUUUACAUGCAGGAUUACCAGGACUGGAUGUAACUUAGUAGUGGGACUCGUGCAGUGGUGGGUGGUGUAUUGACUUCAGUUGUUUGUCUCCCAGUUUGCCUGUUGGGAGGGAUUGUUGCUGAACAUCUGCUUUCCUUCAUAGCACUAUGAAAGGAGGAUGCAGUGAAAACCAGAGCACAGAUUCUCAGGAUGAAGUUGUUGAGCAAGUCAAGGCACGUUUGCAGGAGGAGGGGAGGGAGGCACGCAAUCUGGUGGCAUAUUCCUUACCUUUGCUGGAUCCACCUCAGACUGAGACCGCCAUGCGGCAUCGGGAAGUUAAAAGAGUGGUAGAAAUGGUUCCAAGACGAGGACUAAAGCAAGACAAGCGUCCUAGAUCAGCAUCAGCAGGCAGGGAUCCACAAGCAAGUUUGCGAGCACGCCACUGGGGAUUCCUUUUUCGGAACUUACAGCAAGCAGUAGAUGAAAUCUAUCAAACAUGUGAAGAUGAUGAAAGUAUUGUGGAAUGUAAGGAGGCCAUCUUAAUGUUGGAACGGUACAGCAGUGACUUUCAAAAACUCAUUGAAUGGUUAAAACUGAAAUGGGAGUACGAGCACACACCACCACCGCAGAGACCAACGUCACUUACUUGGGAGAUUCGCACUUCUUCGCCUGGAAAGGCUUUGCAUCAGGAAAGAAGGGCACUAACAUUGAGUGAUGCAAGAAGAGCUCUUACAUUUGAAUCAAAAUAUGACCGUUCUAUUAUUGUGAAUGGUACUGUGCAUGAAAAGAAAGUAAGUGAAAGAUUAAAUAUGCCUAAAUCAGAUCUCUCAAACAAUGAAACCAAAGAUUUGUCAUAUCUUAUGUCACCACAGAAACCAGUCAUCAUUGUGCAGCAACCUUGUAUAGAUGAGAAGCAGGAGGAGUGUCCACAGACAGGAACCAGUUCCAAAGAUGAAGAUGACCUAACACUUCAAGAGCUUUCAGACUCUUCUUUAGAAUGCACAGAUAAUAAUAAAGAAAAUAUACAUGUAGAUGAAAAUAAAAAGGUACAAACAAUAAAGAAAACUGAUAAAAGUCAGACCAAAGAAAAUGAAAAAAAUAGAAGUGAUAAAUUUAAAGAUGACAGCAAAAUACAAAACAAGGAUAGUAAUAAUUCAGUCAAGCAUGAAUUUCCUAGAGGCAUCAGCCUGAGCACUUCAUGUGGUGAGAGUGAGGACACGUCAUGCAAGCAGGAGUGUGAUGUGAUAAUAAAGAAAACAGACGCUUGUGAUGAAGUGGUUUCAGCUUGUGAUAAGAGUACAGACAUUUCCAAACCCAAGGAACAGAAUGUGGUAAAGAAUUCCACAUCUAGUGUGAUCACCAAAGGUAAAGAUGUCAUUAAUUCAAAACUUAAGGAUAAUGGAAGUAAAAUUCCUGAAAUUAAGGAUACAGAAACCAAAGUUCAUGAAAAUGUUGAAGCACAGCAGUGUUGUACAGAGGCAAUGCAAGGGAAGAGUUUGUCGCAGAAGCCAGGCCCAACUGUUUACAUGAACAAGGCAUCACAAGUCCGUCAGGCUUAUAACCAGAACAAGACGCCACAGAAACAUUCCCGAUCAUCACUAGUCCUCAACACCCGUUACACUUCAGCUCCUAGAUCUUCUGAUCAUAGAAAUAAUUUGUCAAAGCAGCAGGUUGGAGGCAGUAAGUUAACAUGUCGGAGAAUGGCUGAUGGGAAGGCUGCAGCAAGCCCUCCUCUGACUCACAGAUCUGUUGUGGAUUCCUUUCGUGCCACUGGCAAUAGUGGAAGUCGACACCCAUUACCUAAUGUACUUACAAGAUCAUAUUCAUCGCUACACUCUGUGUGUAGAUACUCAGCUCGCAGCCAUGGCAGCACUAGUGACUCUGGGAUAGAGAGGCAUUGCAGCACUGGUGGUUCAUCUAGAGGCUUGGGAAACAGUUCCAGGACUGCCUCAAGCUCCUCCUUGUCCAGCAACACCUCUUCUAGUGGUCAGUCUUGGGCUGACAAGGUACGAGGUGCCCCAGUGUCAUUAGAAAGCUCUCAGCUCUCUCUCCAAGAUGACGGUGAGGGGUGGGAGGUGGUGCGGCGUGGCAGGAGAAGUCACGGGGGCAGCACUGCUUCUCUCAACAGCAAUAACCAUUAUGUCCCCAAAGAUGUCCGCAGUGCCAGCCUCAAGACAGAAGGUCACAGUUGUGAAAUAAAGAAACGUUUCCAUGUGCCCAGCUCUGCCAUGUCCAUGCCUUCUUUAAUAAUGAGUGAAAGUAAUACUGUGAAUGACACAUCCAAAGAGAAGUCUUCUGCAUCUGGCAUUUAUAAAAAACAUGUGAAGAGCAGCAGUCAUGAUCCAGGAGCUCAGUGCCGCAAGAAGGCAGUCACGGAAAGUGUGUCAGCUCCCUCUGUCAAUUUAGAGGGUGAUGGAAGCCAGCAGAGUUUCCAAGUGUGGAAGAGAAGUGAACGGAAAAACAGGAAAAAUGAAAAAGGUGCUGAAGAGGUUACCAAAGGAAUUAAAUUUAAGGAAAAUAACAUGCAUGUGAAUCUGACAGAGAAGCCUGAUCAGGAAAAGAGGCACAGUAGUGAUAAGGGAAGGACAUGUGAUGAACCCAUAUCAGCAAAUGUUUGCAAUAAAAUAGAAGACAGUGAAAAUGUAAAAAGUGAAUCUUUGGAGGAUGAAAAAGAUGAACAUUGUGCUUUGAAUAGUUUCCUAAAAAAUGACAAUUUAGUGUGCAACCAUUUGUGUGAUCCGUCCAUACCAGAAAUUUCAGAGACUAGUGAUGUGGAAGAUGAUGAAAGCAGAGAGACAAAUGCAUCAAAACCACAAGUAUCUAUAGCUCCUAGUGCAGUGAAAGGAGAAAUAGUUGGUGCAGAUCAUCAAGUUGAUCCAGAGGCAAAUAAUUACGAUAAUGAAAGUCAGAUGGAUGAAGAGGAGUUAAGUAACGCUGCUGCCUUAGAGUCUGCUGUUAAGGAGGAGCAGCGUUUAAAGCAGCAGAUAGAAGAGACGGAGAAGACAGAAAUAAAGGUGGAAGAAGAAGACUGUGAGGAAGAUGGAAGUGAUGCAUCAGAAUCGGCUGGCAGAGCACUAUCACCUUUCACUCUGCCCUUUGACAGUCUGAUGUCCUCCAUGAGCUGGGCUGAUCAGGUUGAUGCAUUUGAAUCUCUUGAGAAAUUACGCCAUCCUGGCCGUGUUUUGCACAUCCAUGAAAAGUUAUCGUCACCAUCAAGAAAACGAUCUCUGUCAGAAAAAAUGAGACGCCAUGAAGAAAAAAUUGCCAAGGCUCAAGAGCUCCGUGAAAAUCUUAUUCUGGCAAAAACAGAGAAGUUGAAGGAUUUGUUUAAGAAGAUUGAGGAGGUUCGACAGGAUAAAGAAAGUUUGUUGGUGAAGAAAAGAGACCUGUUCCAGAGAAAGAUGGAGCGAGCUGAGGAGAAGCGGAAGCAGUACUUGCAAGAGAUCGUCAAUAAGGCUCAUGAUGAGGAAAAUAAGGCAAAGGAAAUUGCAUUCAUCAAUGGCUUAGAAGCAAAAAACAAGUUGCAUGAUAUAAUGCAGCAGCACCAGAGUCAUGAAUCCCGCCUAGCAGACAUGGCUGAAGAGCGAACCAGGAGACAGGAGGAAAAGGUUGCCAAAGAAGUUGCAGCUCAAGAGAGACGCAAAGCUCUUGAAGCAGAGCGGCAGGCAAGAAUGGCAGAACUUUGUGAAAAACGGCGACAGAAAUGUGAACGCAUUGACCGGCAGCAAGCAGAGAGGCGGGAAGAGCUCUUGGAGCAGGCACGGGAAAAAGCUAGAGAUCGUGAGGAAAGACUAACUGCACUACAGCAGGCCCAACAAGCCAAAGAAACUGAACUGGUGAAAAAGAUUCAGCAGAAGCAAGAGGAAUCUGCACGACGUCAUGAGGAAAACAUUGAGCUCAUCAGGCAACGAGCCCUUGAAUCAUCCAUAAUGAAAUAUUCCCGAGGCUGUGAUGAUGCUCCCAGACUAAUCAGAUAUGAAACCAAGAAGUUGUGUACCCUGUGCAACUCCCUGAUCACCAGUGAGGUGUAUCUGUUGAGUCACUUACGGGGCCGCCGCCACCAGGAGGCUUUGAGAGCUCUGCACCAGGCUGAUGUUGUGUCCAGUGAAGACAGUGAAACUUACAACCUGAAGCACAUCGUGGAUGCCCCUGCAAAUAUUGAUGACCCACAGCAGCAACAAUGCAUCACGGUACAAUGUAUUUUUACCAAGAUUACAAGAGAUAAGGAAAGACACAAGGCUCUGAAGAGGAGAUGCAGGAAGAUCAGGACCCGCAUGGUGACCCGGGGGAAGGAAUACAACAGUACUUUUAAGCCACAGACUUUGAGAGAAUCUCCAAAUAAAAUUCGCAUCAAUAAGUCUUUGCAGCAGAUUGCAAAGCUCAUAGCCAACCAAGGUUCAGGACCUUGGCCAACUGCUGAUCUGACAGCUCUGGACAGACCACUUCUUGAACUGAUAAGAAUAUUGGAAAAGAAAGAAAAGGCUGAUCAAGCCAUGUUUAGUGCUCUAGAUGGCUUUGGAAAAAUUAACUCAGUUUUGAAAACCAUACUGGAUGUUACUGAACAAAGACCCUGUGUUUUGCCAGCAAAGUCUUUGGGUUUCAGUGGUAGAGUUCUUCUUGGAAGUUGUCGCAGUAAUGUUGAUAAUUGUCGACAUGUCCUCUAUUCAAACCUUGUGGGAACUAUGAUAGACUACUUGAUUCAACGCAUGAAUAGCCUUGUUAGUGAGAGUACAAGAAUGGGCAGCAACAACAGCAUAAAUUCUGUUGUAAAUCUCCCUUCAGAUGCAGCAGCUGGAGCAAUUUUUGAGGUUUUGGCUGAAGUUAUUCAAGUUCUGUAUCAGGAAGACCUGCUUCCAGCAGCAUCCACUCAGGACCAGACCAUUAAAGACAAGGCUGAUGCCACAUGGCAGAGACUCCAGGAUGUAGUGAGCUAUUGUGUCAGUGUAGGACUUGUGGACAAGGUUUCAUGGUACUUUAGUCAUGUGCAAGGACCACUGGACAAUGAAGCUGGUGUUGUAGAAGUAAUUCUGGCAGCAAUGAGGCUUGUCUCUGCUCUUGCUAAAACCCUAAGUAUGCGAAAUUUAUCAGAAGACCCAACCCAGCUAAUUGGAACACUGCACGUGACUGAUGCCUGUGGUGUCGUGAGUUUACUGUAUGGUCUGCUAUUGCACCAAGGAGGCCGUUCAGCCAUGCCGCAGGCGCCUCCUAAGCUCUCCCACACUGCUCAGGCACUCACUACAGCUGCCACUACAUUGUUGCACAACUUAGCCUCACUUGAUCUUACCAUGUUUCAGGCUGUCUUGGGAAGUGAAGGAAUUUCCCUGGAAUUUCGACAUAUUGCCAGUUUUCUUCUGUGGUACUGCUCGUCAUGGCCUUCUGAAGAUAUCCUCCACAAUAUUAUACCCUUAGUUGGGUUUUUUGCUGUCAACAACAAGGAAAAUCAGAUUGUGAUACAGAGUGGCGAAGUCCCUAGUGUGCUACAGCAGCUAUGUAACUUACCAUGGCAGUACUUCAGUGAACCAAAUCUCACAGCUGUGCUCUUCCCUACACUUCUUGCUUGCUGCCUUAACAAUGAUGACAACAUGAUAAUCCUUCAACAAGAAAUGAGCUUCCAGGUUCUUGAGGACUUUCUGAAGAGCUCUCAGGCAGAAGACAAGCCACUUCUUUGCAUUCUGAGGAAUUCUAGAUAGGAAAUAACCUGAAAGUGGUGAAGCUACGGAACUUCUAUUUUCGUCAUGAUUAUGUUUUGUACCUGAUGUUGCAAACCAUGGCAGCAAUUACCUUUUAGUUUGAAUAUUUUACUAUUAAUUUUAAUCUUUCAUUAAUAAUUAAGUUUAACAAAAGUCAAUUUUUCUGUAAGAUCAUUAGUUAUGAGGUAUCCUACUUACAUUAGAUAGUGAUGCAUAAGCUUCAUAACAACAUUCACCGUUCACUUUAAAGUAAAAAUCUUUUUCUUUAAAUAAUAUUCCAGCCAGUACUCUAAAAAUUAUAUAAUUUACCUUUUAUUCUUCAAAAUAUUGGAACAACCAGCACAUAAACGUAAUGCUUCAGUCAAGUCAUAUAAGUGAAUAGCUUUCUUUAAACCUCAUGAACUACUGCAGUUUGUUCAGACUCACUCAGCACAGCCUCAAUACAGCUGAAGUGCAUCUUUUCACAUUUAUGUACUGAAAUAGAUAAUACUCAGGCAUAAAAACAAUAAAACUUAGCUAUGCUGUAAAUAA